AUGCUGAUAAAGCAGAUAAUCCGGCAGUUAGGAAAUACGAAAAUUCGACCAGUACUUGCUGUGAAAAAGAUCAUACCACAAAAGAUGAAGCUUGACUCACCUGAGUUCAGAUCUCUUUUUACUCCACAGCUGAACACAUUAUCUAAUCUAUUCAAGAAGAACAACUAUGACUUAAGGAUUGCUGGAGGAGCAGUGCGUGACUUGCUUAUGGGGAUACGACCGGCAGAUGUGGAUUUUGCGACUACAGCGACGCCUACGGAAAUGAAGGAGUUGUUUGAACGUGAGCAGAUUCGGAUGCUGCAUAAGCGAGGAGAGGAGCACGGCACGAUAACAUGUCGUAUAGAUGAUGCUGAAAACUUUGAGAUCACAACGUUGAGGGUUGAUGUGGUGUGUGAUGGACGUCGUGCUGAAGUGCAGUAUACAACCGAUUGGCAGUUGGAUGCUAACCGAAGAGAUUUGACCAUCAAUUCGCUUUUCCUUGAUUUGGAUGGAAAUGUGGUCGACUAUUUCGGUGGCAUUGGAGAUAUCGAGAAAAGACGUGUCGCUUUUGUUGGUGAUGCAGUGCAAAGGAUUCAAGAAGACUAUCUCAGAAUUUUGAGGUACUUCCGAUUUUUUGGACGAAUCUCGGAAUCAACUGAGCACGACGCUGACACAUUGAAGGCUAUUAAGGACAACAGCCAAGGAUUAGCAGGUAUCAGUGCCGAGCGUAUAUGGACAGAACUGAAACGUAUAGUCAUCGGCCGCAUGGCAGACCAUGUGAUCCGGUGUAUGCUAGAGGAAUGCAAGCUGCAACAAUAUCUCGGACUACCAGAAAAGUGCAAUGUGGAUCGUUUUGCUCGUGUGUUUUCGAAAUACAAAGGAGGCCUCGAACCAAUGACUAUGAUCGCGUCACUUUGUGAAAGCCCGAAGGAAAUUGAACACUUUCACAGAAAAACUAAGCUGUCAAAUGCUGAACGAAUUCUCGGAGAGUUCAUUAUCAGUCACAGGAAAGAAGCCGAGCACGCUUUAUCUAGUAACAACAUCGAGUGGUGGAAGGACAUGAUCGUUGAGCUGGAAGUGACUCCGGGUCAUGGUGAGCUACCUACGUAA